UUGGUUUCCAGGAAAUGACAUCAGGCGGCCGCGGAGAUGGAGGACGUGCUGGACCUAGGCGAGGAGCGGCGCCGCGGCUCGGCCACCUCCGGACCCAAGAUGGGUCGCCGAGCUCAACAGGAGUCAGCUCAAGUCGAGAAUCAUCUCAGUAGCAAGAACUCCUCUUCAAUUCUGACUGGAGAGGCUCCCCCUCCCAAACCGCCCCGCAGGCAUGGAGGCUGGGCAGAUGAUUCCAUGAAGGCUUCAAAGUCAGGAAGGAGGGCUUCUGAAGAAAUAGAAGAUCACCGCCUCAGGCAGCAGAGCUUGGACAGAUCGGAUGAUGGAGGAGACAUUCCUGUUAUUCCGGAUCUGGAAGAAGUACAGGAAGAAGACUUUGCUUUGCAGGUGGCCGCCCCUCCCAGCAUCCAGGUAAACCGGGUGAUGACCUUCCGUGACCUGGACAAUGACCUCAUGAAGUACGCAGCCUUCCAGACCUUGGAUGGAGAGAUCGACCUGAAGUUACUCACCAAAGUCCUUGCACCAGAGCAUGAGGUCCGAGAGGAUGACGUCAGCUGGGACUGGGACCGCCUGUACACUGAGGUGUCCUCCGAGCUCCUCACCGAGUGGGACCUGCUGCAGGAGGAGCCCAUGGGACAGCCCGCGCACCCCUGAGCCCUGGGGGGUCAACAGCCUGCUCUCCCCGCACAGAGUAAUUUCUGCUUUGGACUUGAAAAAAAUGCCAUAAGCCUAAACCUAAAGAAGCUUGCCAACAGCUUCGAAUUUUUUAAUGGAAUAUUUUGUAAUAAAAGUACUUAUUUUCAGUAGA